CUCCAAAACUUAGGGAUCAAUCCCGCCAACAUAGGCUUCAGCACCCCUAACCAUGGAGUCCGAUAAGUUCAUCUGUAUCCGGGAGAAGGUGGGCGAGCAGACUCAGGUGGUGAUCAUUGAUAUGGCGGACCCCAACACACCUAUCCGCAGGCCCAUCUCAGCCGACAGCGCCAUCAUGAAUCCAGCCAGCAAGGUCAUUGCACUUAAAGACGCUGCCAAAACCCUUCAGAUCUUCAACAUUGAGAUGAAGAGCAAGAUGAAAGCGCACACCAUGACGGACGAUGUUACCUUCUGGAAGUGGAUCUCCCUUAACACAGUUGCACUUGUGACUGAUAAUGCCGUUUACCACUGGAGCAUGGAGGGUGACUCACAGCCUGUGAAAGUCUUCGACCGCCACUCCAGCCUGGCAGGCUGCCAGAUCAUCAACUACCGCACUGACGCCAAGCAGAAAUGGCUCCUGCUCAUCGGCAUCUCAGCCCAGCAAAAUCGGGUGGUGGGAGCCAUGCAGCUCUACUCUGUUGACAGAAAGGUUUCACAGCCCAUCGAAGGCCAUGCUGCCAGCUUCGCCCAGUUCAAGAUGGAGGGGAAUACAGAGGAGUCGACUUUGUUCUGCUUCGCUGUCAGAGGCCAGGCUGGAGGGAAGUUGCACAUCAUUGAAGUGGGGACCCCACCAACUGGCAACCAGCCAUUUCCAAAGAAAGCAGUGGAUGUGUUCUUCCCCCCCGAAGCCCAGAACGACUUCCCUGUGGCCAUGCAGAUAAGCUCCAAGCAAGAUGUGGUUUUCCUUAUUACCAAAUAUGGCUACAUUCACUUAUACGACUUGGAGACAGGCACCUGCAUCUACAUGAACCGCAUCAGCGGAGAGACCAUCUUUGUCACCGCUCCACAUGAGGCCACCUCAGGCAUCAUCGGGGUCAACAGGAAAGGACAGGUGCUGUCAGUCUGCGUGGAAGAGGAAAACAUCAUCCCCUACAUCACUAACGUGCUGCAGAAUCCAGAUCUGGCUCUCCGCUUGGCUGUCCGCAACAACCUCGCUGGCGCUGAAGAGCUCUUUGCACGUAAAUUCAACAACCUGUUUGCUGCUGGCAACUACUCUGAGGCUGCCAAGGUUGCUGCCAAUGCACCAAAGGGUAUCCUGCGAACCCCAGACACCAUCCGUCGCUUCCAGAGCGUGCCAACUCAGCCAGGCCAGACCUCCCCCUUGCUACAGUACUUUGGUAUCCUGUUGGACCAAGGCCAGCUCAACAAGUUCGAGUCCCUGGAGCUUUGCAGGCCUGUCCUCCAGCAGGGGCGAAAGCAGCUUCUGGAGAAGUGGCUGAAGGAAGACAAGUUGGAGUGUUCCGAGGAAUUGGGUGACCUGGUGAAGGCAGUGGAUCCCACCUUGGCUCUCAGUGUCUACCUGAGGGCCAACGUCCCCAACAAAGUCAUCCAGUGCUUUGCAGAGACCGGUCAGUUCCCCAAGAUCGUCCUGUACGCCAAGAAGGUGGGCUACACUCCAGACUGGAUCUUUCUGCUCAGGAAUGUGAUGCGAAUCAACCCAGAACAAGGCCUGCAGUUUGCCCAGAUGCUGGUCCAGGAUGAAGAACCACUGGCUGACAUCACACAGAUCGUCGAUGUAUUCAUGGAGUAUAACCUGAUCCAGCAAUGCACCUCAUUCCUUCUGGACGCUCUGAAGAACAACAGGCCCUCAGAAGGACCGCUGCAGACUCGCCUGCUGGAGAUGAACCUCAUGCAUGCUCCACAGGUUGCUGAUGCUAUUUUGGGAAACCAAAUGUUCACCAACUACGAUCGUGCCCACAUUGCCCAGCUGUGUGAGAAGGCUGGACUCCUGCAAAGAGCGCUGGAGCACUACACUGACCUGUACGACAUCAAGCGCGCUGUGGUGCAUACACACCUGCUCAACCCAGAGUGGCUGGUGAACUUCUUUGGCUCUCUGUCCGUGGAGGACUCUCUGGAGUGCCUCAGGGCCAUGCUGUCAGCCAACAUUCGCCAGAACCUGCAGAUCAGUGUGCAGGUGGCUUCCAAGUACCACGAACAGCUCACCACACAGGCUCUCACCGAGCUCUUUGAGUCUUUCAAGAGCUUUGAAGGUCUGUUCUACUUCCUGGGCUCUAUUGUGAACUUCAGUCAGGACCCUGAAGUUCACUUCAAAUACAUCCAGGCCGCCUGCAAGACAGGCCAGAUCAAAGAGGUGGAGCGGAUCUGUAGAGAGAGCAACUGCUACGACCCUGAGCGCGUCAAGAACUUCCUCAAGGAAGCCAAACUCACCGACCAGCUGCCGCUCAUCAUCGUCUGUGACCGUUUUGACUUUGUCCACGACCUGGUCCUCUACCUGUAUCGCAACAACCUGCAGAAGUACAUUGAGAUCUAUGUUCAGAAGGUGAAUCCUAGCCGUCUGCCUGUUGUGGUUGGUGGUCUCUUGGACGUGGACUGCUCAGAGGAUGUCAUCAAGAGCCUGAUCCUGGUUGUCAGAGGACAGUUUUCUACUGAUGAACUGGUCGCUGAGGUGGAAAAGAGGAACAGACUGAAGCUGCUGCUGCCCUGGCUGGAGUCUCGUAUCCACGAAGGCUGUGAGGAGCCUGCUACCCAUAAUGCCUUGGCCAAGAUCUACAUUGACAGCAACAACAACCCCGAACGCUUCCUGAGGGAAAACCCGUACUAUGACAGCCGUGUGGUGGGAAAGUACUGCGAGAAGAGAGACCCACACCUGGCCUGUGUGGCGUAUGAGAGGGGACAGUGUGACCAGGAGCUGAUCAAUGUCUGCAAUGAGAACUCUCUGUUCAAGAGCUUGUCUCGCUACCUGGUCCGCCGCAAAGACCCUGACCUGUGGGCCAGCGUGCUCCUGGAGAGCAACCCCUUCAGACGACCACUCAUUGACCAGGUGGUGCAGACUGCACUGUCAGAAACCCAGGACCCAGAGGAGGUGUCAGUCACUGUCAAGGCCUUCAUGACCGCAGACUUGCCCAACGAGCUCAUUGAGCUGCUGGAGAAGAUUGUGUUGGACAACUCUGUCUUCAGUGAACACAGAAAUCUGCAGAACCUGCUGAUCCUAACGGCGAUCAAAGCUGACCGUACCCGUGUGAUGGAGUACAUCAGCAGGCUGGACAACUAUGAUGCUCCCGAUAUCGCUAACAUUGCUAUCAGCAAUGAACUCUUUGAGGAGGCCUUUGCCAUCUUUAAGAAGUUUGACGUGAACACCUCUGCAGUGCAGGUGCUGAUCGAGCAUAUUGGCAACCUGGACCGGGCCUAUGAGUUUGCAGAACGCUGCAAUGAGCCGGCUGUGUGGAGCCAGCUGGCUAAGGCUCAGCUACAGAAGGACUUGGUUAAAGAGGCUAUUGACUCCUACAUCAAAGCCGAUGAUCCCUCUGCAUACAUGGAGGUUGUACAGGCUGCUGAUAAGAGCGGUAACUGGGAGGACUUGGUCAAAUUCCUUCAGAUGGCUCGUAAGAAGGCCCGCGAGUCCUACGUGGAGACGGAGCUCAUCUUUGCCUUGGCCAAAACCAAUCGCCUGGCUGAACUGGAGGAGUUCAUCAACGGACCCAACAAUGCUCACAUCCAACAGGUUGGUGACCGCUGCUAUGAUGAGAAAAUGUAUGAUGCAGCUAAGCUGCUAUACAACAACGUCUCCAACUUUGGUCGUCUCGCUUCAACUCUGGUGCACCUCGGGGAGUACCAGGCUGCUGUGGAUGGCGCCCGUAAGGCCAACAGCACCCGCACCUGGAAAGAGGUGUGCUUCGCCUGCGUGGAUGGAAAUGAGUUCAGACUGGCCCAGAUGUGCGGUCUCCACAUCGUGGUGCACGCUGACGAGCUGGAGGAGCUGAUCAACUACUACCAAGACCGCGGUUACUUUGAGGAGCUGAUCACCAUGUUGGAGGCCGCUCUGGGCCUGGAGCGCGCUCACAUGGGGAUGUUCACGGAGCUGGCCAUCCUUUACUCCAAGUUCAAGCCCCAGAAGAUGAGGGAACAUCUGGAGCUCUUCUGGUCCAGAGUUAACAUCCCAAAGGUCCUGAGAGCAGCAGAGCAGGCGCACCUGUGGGCAGAGCUGGUCUUCCUGUACGACAAGUAUGAGGAAUUUGACAACGCCAUCAUCACCAUGAUGAACCACCCGACAGAUGCCUGGAAGGAGGGACAGUUCAAAGACAUCAUCACCAAGGUGGCCAACGUGGAGCUGUACUACAAAGCCACCCAGUUCUAUCUGGAGUUCAAGCCCCUGUUACUGAAUGAUUUGCUCAUAGUGCUUUCCCCCAGACUGGACCACUCCCGUGCUGUCAACUUCUUCAGCAAGGUGAAACAGCUCCCUCUGAUCAAACCCUACCUGCGGUCAGUACAGAACCACAACAACAAAUCAGUCAAUGAAGCACUUAACAACCUCUUCAUCACAGAAGAGGACUAUCAGGCACUGAGGACAUCAAUAGAUGCCUACGACAACUUUGAUAACAUCUCACUGGCCCAACGCCUGGAGAGGCACGAGCUGAUUGAGUUCAGGAGAAUCGCUGCCUACCUCUUCAAGGGCAACAACCGCUGGAAACAGAGUGUGGAGCUCUGCAAGAAGGACAAGCUCUAUAAGGAUGCCAUGCAGUAUGCGUCAGAGUCCAAGGACACCGAGCUGGCAGAGGAGCUGCUGUCCUGGUUCCUACAGGAGGAAAAGAGAGAGUGUUUCGCCGCCUGCCUGUUCACCUGCUAUGACCUGCUACGGCCUGACGUGGUGCUGGAGACCGCCUGGAGGCACAACAUCAUGGACUUUUCUAUGCCAUACUUCAUUCAGGUCAUGAGGGAGUACCUCAGCAAG